AUGCAUUUCCCCAUCAUCACCUUGAUCCUCGCGACUGCCUCCCUGGUAGCCGCUGACCCAACAUCAGGGCCCCAGUGUGGCACCUGCAACCCCAUCUCAGGCGAGAACGGGUGUGACCCUUCCACCUCGUGCAUCAACACGGGAACAUCCUUCCACUGCGCCUGCCGCGCUGGUUUCAAGGCAUCUCAGUACAACAACGACUUGUACCAUCAGUUCCGCCUGCCGAUGCCGAACUAUGAAUUCCUUGUUUUCGUUCCUGAGUACACGGCUUGCAACACCUCGUGUGAUGAUCCGUAUGCUGCUCCUUCCGAUCUUUGCAACGAGGUCAUGCUUCAACGCCAGUGCGCGGCUUAG